ACGAAAACAAGCAUCGUGUGCCGCUGGCUUUAUUGCAUAUUUAUUGUUUGGUAAAAGUGGCCCCUAAAGCAUUAAAUUCUACUUCCAUAUUUAGAGAAACUGGAAAAUGGCGUGUGGACAUUGUUUCGGAACAGUCCGGAGCCAAAAAUAGAAUCAACCAACCAACCAACCAUAUUUAGAGAAAUUGCAAGCAUCGAAAUAUAUAAUAUUAAAUUCAGUGUCAAAUUCACAACAAAUAUAUAUCACGUGGAAGAACUGACAAAAUACAAUAUGAAUAAAAGCAUAGAUGCUUUGUCAGAAGAGAUUGAUGAGUUGCUGCUGCGUAAGUUAGAGUUAACAGAGGAGAAAAUUCAUGGAAACAUUCAAAUGGAAAUAUUACUGAAGGAUGGUUACAUCGAGUUGGCGAAAGCAAAAUAUAUUCGUGGGAAAGAAAACAUUGGUAUUUUACAAGUUCCAAGUAAUACAGAUACCAUGCUGUCAUUGUUUGACUUAAAAACUAACGGAGCAACGGAUGAAGAUGACAAUAUUGUGCCGUGUUUUGAUAUUAGUUUAAAAAAAUCAAAUGACAAAGUGGAUGGUCCAGGGGACCCUAUAAAAUGGUUUGGUGUAUUAGUUCCACAGAAUUUAAAAAAUAGCCAGAAACGAUUCCAGGAAUCAGUUUAUCUAGCUAUUAAAAUAGCAAAUAUACAAAUGCAACUUAUUUCAGUAUUUUAUAAACUUAAAACACUAUAUAUACAGAAAAAUAAUUUACAUUGUCAAAAUAAUAUAUCAAUCUAGUGAGUCUCUUUGUGUUGUAUGGGCUUUUACAUUUUAUUUAUUGUAUAUUUAGAAAUAUUUAUUAGAGUAUGUUAAAGAAUACAUAUUGCUGUGAGCUAAAUUAUAUAUAAAUCCAGUUGUAGUUAUAUUGGGGAAACAUUUUCUAAGAAUGUAAAAAUUAAGUUAUUAAAUAACAUUAAUUUAUAUCAAUUGCUUUACCACUGUAUUGAUAAUAUGAUGAAGUAAGAAGAAUAUUAUUUGAAAUAAACUCAAUCAUUUUUAAUAUAAUUUGAAUUAUCAGUAGCAUUAUUAUUCUAUUCAAAAAAUUACAAAGGAACCAUUGUAUUUACUUGUUUAUUAUCAAUAUUGAAAGUAUUUUGCAUGUGUUACAAGAUAUAUUGAAUGUUAUGAUAUUUUUAUCAAAAUAUUCAGGAGCGUUUCCUUCGACCACUUUGAAAUAAUAUUUUUGUAUAAUACGUAGUUUUAAAUAAUUAUUUAACAUAGUAAGGCAAAGGAUUUUUUUAAACGAUCAAUGAUAUAUGGUAUAUAGUACAUAUACACGCACGCGCACGUAUACACACAGAUAAGAAAAGAAAUGUUACAUGCAUCUGUUACUUUUACUGAUGUACAUCAAUACAUUAUGUGUUAUACGUUAUCUAUUACGCAAAAAUACGUACAUGUAUACAGAUAUACAGGGUGUAUAAAAAGUACCGGGAUGGUGAAAUAUCACAAAAACUAAGCAUUUCAGAAAAAAAUUGUUUCAAACAAAAAUUGUAGAGUUUCAAAGGAUCUAUUUACCGACACUACCUCGGGUUUAACCUCGGGUGACGUCGUCAUGGUCAGGGCAAGGUUACCUUGAAUUUUUAGCGCUUCUUUAAAAUGAAAUUUUCCGCACACAGUACAUAUCAGCGGAUUAUGUUCGCUGAGAUUGAGCUUCCUCGUUUUCUCUCAUGAACCCUCUGUAAAAUUGCAAUCUAUUUUUUCUGUAAAAGCAAAAUUUUUUUUUUCAAGCAGUACAAGUAUAAAACUAACGGCGAUAAUAAUUAAUAUUCAUUCAUGUUUAAAUUUUGAAGAAAUCUCUAAAAGAAUACAAUAUAUACACACAUAACUAAGACAAGGUCAACUGUUAAAAGUUAUUUUAACCAGACGAUAAUUUCAAUUUGUAUAUAUUUUUCUAUAUUAUACCAAAUACUCUACCAAAUACGCACAGAUAAACACAGUAUAAAAACUCCAGUCUUUCAGUAUGAUUUCCUUCUUCUCAGAAAUAGUUGUAGAAGCACAUAUUGAGAAUCAAAUACGUUCUUUGACUUAUAAAAAUGUAAAAUAUCUUUUUUUCUUUCCUUUUCUUAUGUAUUUCUAUCAUGUGUGGGUAAUAAGGAACGUAGUUUAUAUAACGUUGGAGUCGUCCGCAUUCAACGACAAUUUACUUAAAUCAUUUUAAAUACGAUUGGUAACAUUUCAUACUGUGCGUUGUUAAUUCCUUAAUCUCUUCUGACAUUCUUAUAGAGAAUGUAUUGUAUGUACAUACCUAAAUCAUUUAUCUUUAAUUCCAACAGAGCUGAAUAAGCAAGUGCCAGAUUAAGAUAAAUUAAUUUAUACAAAUCAAUAUUAUGUUCCACGUUCAAUAUUUUUAAAACAUUUUCUAAAAUUUGUAUUCGCUGCUUAAGUAUUUUUAUUCGACAGAUUUUGUUAACCUCGUAAUAUGCGAAAUAUUGACACGCGCGAGAAACGUCUAGCAUAAUCGACACAUGUGUCUCUCCGGACAUUUCAGGAGUGAAAUACUCUUCAGCCUCACGAAGAUAUCCCAAUACAGUUGUGAAAACUCUACUCUAGGCAUCGUUAUAAUGUGAAAUAUAUUUAUCCGUAAAUA